GAGAAAGACUUAACAUAUAAAAACAGAAUGGCUCCCAAAAAGAUGAAAGUGGAAAACGUGGAAGAAGAAAACCAAAAGGAAGUCACAGAAGAUGUCCAAACAAUUCCGAAACCAAAUAUUUCGCGUAUCAAAAAUAAAAUUCUACGAAAUGAAAUGUACAAGAAACUCCGAGUUGAGAAGAGAAAGGCAAAACUAAAAGAGAAGCAAAGGAAGAAAAAGGAAGCAGAGAGCAUGGGAGAAGAGGCUCCACCUAAGCAAGUGCCAAAAACCAUAGAGAGCAUGAGAGUAAAAGAUGAAACUAUGGUCAACACGGAGGACACAGAGGUAAUGUUGGAUGAAGCCCAAGAUGAGCUGGCCACAUAUUUCAACAGAGAAACAUCACCACAAAUACUAAUAACCACUUGUGAUAGACCUUGUCUGAGGACAAACAAAUUUUGUAAAGAAUUGAAACUAACAAUCCCAAACUCAGAGAUCAAGUACAGGAGAGGAUUGGAUUUAAAGAAAAUCAUCCCACAGGCAAAGGAGAGGGGUUAUACAGACAUCAUUAUUGUGAAUGAAGACCGAAAGGAACCCAAUGGAUUGGUCAUCACUCACCUGCCUGAGGGCCCCACAUUACAUUUCAAACUCAGCAGCGUCCGGCUUACCACAGAGAUAAAGAGAGUUGGAGAAAUGAGUAAACAUAAACCAGAGUUAAUCCUGAAUAACUUUGGGACACGACUUGGCCAUUCUGUUGGGAGGGUGUUUGCCUCGUUAUUUCCACAUGACCCACAGUUCCAUGGACGGAGAGUGGUCACUUUCCAUAACCAGAGGGACUUUAUUUUCUUUAGGCAUCAUAGAUACGUCUUUAGAAACAAUAAAAGGGUUGGAUUAAAGGAGUUGGGUCCAAGAUUUACCCUAAAGCUGCGGUCCUUGCAGAAAGGAACGUUUGACUCAAAGUAUGGAGAAUAUGAGUGGGUGCACAAGAGGAAAGAAAUGGAAACAAGCAGGAGGAAGUUUUCUUUAUAAAUCUGUGGUCUUUUUUGUUAAAUAAAAUAUAUUAGAUAUGAAAAAACGGUUUUCUGUUUUAUUUUACCAACAACAAUUGAUGUA